AUGGCGACGGAGACAGAUAACCAGAGCGCCGGCGCCGGCGCCGGCGGCAGCGGCAGCGGCAGCGGCCCCCUGAGAGGUUCUAGGAAGGAAGGGCAGAAGCUCCUAUUGGGGAGGUACGAGGUGGGGAAGCUGCUCGGCCAUGGGACGUUCGCGAAGGUCUACCAUGCGAGGAACGCGAGGACGGGGGAGAGCGUAGCGAUCAAGGUGCUGGACAAGGAGAAGAUCCUCAAGGGGGGGAUGAUGGCGCACAUCAAGCGGGAGAUUGCCAUCCUCCGGCGGGUCCGCCACCCGAACAUCGUGCAGCUGUUCGAGGUUAUGGCCACCAAGACCAAGAUCUACUUCGUAAUGGAGUAUGUCCGCGGUGGGGAGUUGUUCGGGAGGGUGGCCAAGGGGCGGCUCCGAGAGGAGACGGCGCGGAAAUACUUUCAGCAGCUCAUCUCCGCCGUCGCGUUCUGCCACGCUCGCGGGGUGUACCAUCGCGAUCUGAAGCCGGAGAAUCUCCUCCUGGAUGAUAAGGGGGAUUUGAAGGUGUCCGAUUUCGGCCUCAGCGCCGUGUCGGAGCAGAUCCGCCAGGAUGGGCUCUUCCACACCUUCUGUGGCACCCCGGCGUACGUCGCCCCCGAGGUGCUCGCCCGCAAGGGCUACGACGCCGCCAAGGUCGACAUCUGGUCCUGCGGUGUGAUCCUCUUCGUGCUGAUGGCGGGAUACCUACCUUUCCACGACCAGAACGUCAUGGCCAUGUAUCGGAAGAUCUACAAGGGGGAGUUCCGGUGCCCCAGGUGGUUCUCUCCCGAACUCAUUCGCCUGCUGAACCGUCUUCUGGACACGAACCCUGAUACACGGAUGAACAUACCAGACAUCAUGGAGAAUCGUUGGUUCAAGAAGGGCUUCCGUCACAUUCGGUUCUACAUCGAGGAUGACCGCCUCUACAACCUCGAUGACACCGCCACCCUUGACACAGUCGAUUCCGAGAAAUCAGAGUCGGAAGCAGAGUCGGAAGCCGACUCGGAAUCCUCCACUUCCUCCCUUUCGGAUGGAUUCAAGCAAAGGCGCGCAGGGCUGGGGCUGCCGCGGCCGUCCAGCCUGAACGCCUUUGAUAUCAUAUCCUUCUCCCGUGGAUUUGAUCUCUCGGGGCUGUUUGAGGAGACGGGAGAGGAGUCGAGGUUCGUCUCUGGGGAGCCAAUAUCGAAGAUUAUAUCCAAAUUGGAGGAAAUUGCGAAGGUCGUGAGCUUCUCUGUGAGGAAGAAAGAUUGCCAGGUGAGCCUGGAAGGAACAAGGGAAGGUGUGAAUGGCCCUCUGACAAUAGCUGCUGAGAUAUUCGAGCUCACACCCUCAUUGGUAGUGGUGGAGGUCAAGAAGAAGGCAGGGGACAAGGGAGAAUACGAGGAGUUCUGCAACAGGGAACUCAAGCCUGGGCUGCAGAACCUCAUGUAUGGGGAAUCUGCUGCCCCUGCAAUUAUUGCUUCUGACACGGAAUAG